CACCCCCUACCCUUCCUCUCGGCACUCCAUGCCGGGUCUCUCUCUCCAGCUCGCCGCGUCUGGCUGGCUCCCGCCGCAGGAGACUUGGCGCAAACCUAACCGCCGCCGCCUCGCGCGCUUCCAGCCCCAGCCUCUCCGCCUUCCCCUGCGCCCCCCUCUCGCGCCAUGGGGCCAACCUGCGGCUCCUAAGAGUUGCCGCUGGGAGCAGCGCGCUCUCCCGCCCAUUUCCCCACGAGCGGGCGAUGGCUUAGGGCGCCAGAGGGGCCAGCCCAGAGGUACCGGGAAGGGGAAAUUCGGCCGGCCGACUGGGGAAAAAGAGGCCAACCAUGAGUUUCCACAAGGAGGACGGAGUGAGCAGCCUGUGCCAGAAGGCGCUGCACAUCAUCACCGAGCUGUGCUUCGCGGGCCAGGUGGAGUGGGAGAAGUGCUCGGGCAUCUUCCCCCGGGACAGGGGCAGCCAGGGCGGAAGCAGCACAGAUAUUUCGGUCAGCUUGUUAGCGGUGGUUGUCAGCUUCUGUGGCCUGGCCUUGUUGGUUGUGUCACUUUUUGUCUUCUGGAAGUUGUGCUGGCCUUGUUGGAAAAGCAAACCUGUGACUUCCAAUGUCAGCACCCUUCCACAGAGCAUUUCAAGUGCUCCUACUGAAGUCUUUGAGACCGAAGAGAAAAAAGAAGUUAAAGAAAAUGAAAAGCCAGCUCUAAAAGCUGUUGAGCCUGCUAUAAAAAUUAGCCACACUUCCCCUGAUAUCCCAGCAGAAGUCCAAAAUGCUUUAAAAGAACAUUUAAUUAAACAUGCACGUGUGCAAAGACAAAUUACUGAACCUACAUCCUCAUCCCGCCACAAUUCCUUCAGGAGACACCUACCAAGGCAAAUGCAGGUUUCCAGUGUUGAUUUUAGCAUGGGCACAGAACCAGUUUUACAAAGAGGAGAAACAACAACCAGCAUUGGGAGGAUAAAACCAGAGCUCUACAAACAGAAAUCCGUUGACUCUGAGGGCAACAGGGAAGAAGAUGUCAAAACCUGUGGGAAACUUAACUUCACCCUCCAGUAUGACUAUGAAAAUGAACUUCUGAUUGUUAAAAUUAUCAAAGCCUUAGAUCUCCCUGCUAAAGACUUCACAGGCACUUCUGACCCUUAUGUGAAGAUGUAUCUUCUUCCAGAUAGGAAAAAGAAAUUUCAGACCCGUGUGCACAGAAAGACUUUAAAUCCUCUAUUUGAUGAAACUUUUCAGUUUCCUGUAGCAUAUGAUCAACUAAGCAACCGAAAACUACAUUUCAGUGUAUAUGAUUUUGACAGAUUUUCUAGACAUGACAUGAUUGGGGAAGUGAUUCUUGAUAAUUUGUUUGAAGUCUCUGAUCUCUCCAGGGAAGCCACAGUGUGGAAAGAUAUUCAUUGUGCUACCACAGAAAGUAUAGAUCUGGGUGAAAUCAUGUUCUCCCUUUGUUAUUUGCCAACUGCUGGACGUAUGACAUUGACAGUCAUCAAGUGCAGAAAUCUGAAGGCUAUGGAUAUCACUGGGUCAUCAGAUCCUUAUGUCAAAGUGUCUCUGAUGUGUGAAGGUCGGAGAUUAAAAAAGAGGAAAACAACGACGAAGAAAAACACUCUAAACCCUGUGUACAAUGAGGCUAUUAUUUUCGAUAUCCCUCCAGAGAAUGUGGACCAGGUCAGCCUCUCCAUUGCAGUCAUGGAUUAUGAUAGUUACCUGGCCGGGCAACCAGUUUUGAUAGUCAAGGAUCCUGUCCAUCUCCCAAACCACCUUCCACACCAUAAUGCCUCCAGAAUAAAGACCAUUUUAAUAAGGACCCAGGACCAUGUGCUCAUCAGAUCAGAAAAAGAGUGGAAGGAGCUCCUGCUUUUCUUUGCCUCCUAUGGAGAAAAAGCCAAUGCUUGUGAUGAAAACAACACAAACAACCAGCCAAACAGGAGACUUUACUAUGGGGAUUAUAGAUAAAAUCUGUUUUUUGGGUAGUUUUUAAAAACUGUUUCCUAGGGAUUAGAAUAAACCCAUCAUGCCAAGUAUUUGUUAAUCCUGUGAGACAGAUGAAAAGAAACUUUACCACAGCUCAUCUUUCAUGCAACGCAUGAGGGACGUUUACCCUCCGAUUCAUAAAGCGUGAUCAUUUAAAAUAAUACUUCUUGUUGCAAAAACAUAAUCCUACCACUUUCAACACAACACACCCUCAUUCUACACAGCCACACACCGAUUCAAACUGAUCCUCCUUCUUGUAAUUGAAGAUGGAAUGUUUUGAAUUUCAGUAUUUAAAAUUAACAUUUUAAUGACAACACUGACCCAUUAUGAAGUUGCAAUUUGGGUAUAUAAUGAACACCUAAUUUCAGGGACUUAUUCAGGGACUUGUCCAACAUAAGUCUAGGAAAAGGGAGCAAGUGUUGAUUCAUUUUGUAACACUGAUUUUCUUUUUGGUUUUUAAUUUAAUUUAAUUUAAUUUAAUUUAAUUUGAUUUAUUUACUUGUGUAUUUUACCUGAUUCUCUAAAUAAUCAGGGGAAUGAGGAAAUUGAAUAUGAAAGAACAUUAAUGUUUGUGGAGUCUACAGUCUUCUCACCAAAAUCUGAACAGACAAUGCUUUUUACACUAGGUCUUAAUAUUUUUCUUGACAAUUUUAAUCUUCUUUGUAAGGCUAGCCCUGUUUCUGAUACUUUGUUUUACAUGUAAAAACUCAUGAUAUGAAUGCAUUCACAGUUCAGUAAAAACUAUCAUUACGACUAUGUCAGGGAACUAGAGACGGAACGCAGAGCCAAGCAUCCACUUUCUCAUGCAGUUUUGGCGAAUGUGCGUGUGUUCUAGUUACUGCAGGGAGAUCACAAUUGAUCAAAACUGACUCAGGUUUUAGAUAAAAGCAAAUAUAUUUGAACCUAUUUGGUUAUGAUACUUGUCAUUUCCACCUUGUUUAUUCUCCUAUAAUUUUUAUUACUUUAAGAUUUUGCAGACUCAAUAAAGAACAAUCUCGUAAGACUUUACCUUAAUGAUGAAUUCCUUUAAAAAUGAAAAAAGCUAAACUUUCACUCCCUUCUCAACUUCUGCUGUCCAUAAAACAAAAUAUAACUUAUUUCAGAAUGGGUUAUCCAAAGAGCUGAAGGCUAUUGCAAACAAAGGGAUACAAAAUCUUAACUUUGAACACAUAGUCAUUUCUUUACCUCUUUAAGGAUUACUUGAUGUCAUAUAAGUGCAGUACAUAUAGUUUCAUGGAAUGGCAUUUCAUUUUUGCCACCUUAAUUGUGAUUAUUACCAGGUAACUUGACUACCUGAUAAUUAAGACAAAAAACAAAAUAGACUUGAGAAGGAUUUCAGAAAGUCAUUCAGCCUCCACUAAAUCUAAAGACAAUGUGGAGAUCUGUUUUAGUCACAACUUGUUCUUGCAGCAGCUCUGGUUAUUCUGAUGUACUUCAGUUGAUCUAAACUUUCAUCGAUUUUAGGCUAAGAAUUUAUUGCUGCCAAUAAGAGAUGAUGCAGAAGUAUGCAAAGUAAAGUAAUUUAAAGUUAAAAUCUACUUGGGGCACCUGGGUGGCUCAGUCAGUUAAGCAUCUGACUUCAGCUCAGGUCAUGAUCUCGUGGUUUGUGGGUUCAAGCCCC